AUGGCCAAACUAUCCUGGCAGCAUCACAGCAGAGGACGGUGCUUGAUAUCAACUUCCUACUUUGUUUUGGCCACCCUUACUUUACUGUUCUCCUGGUCCUGCCCGGUUCUAGGCAAGAAGAAGCUUUACAUCGGAGCCCUGUUCCCGAUGAGCGGCGGAUGGCCGGGUGGCCAGGCUUGUCUCCCUGCUGCCCAAAUGGCCCUGGAUCUGGUGAACAAGAGAACGGAUAUUCUUCCGGAUUAUGAGCUUGAAUUAAUCUACUAUGACAGUAUGUGUGAUCCUGGUGAGGCCACGAAGCUGCUGUAUGACCUGCUGUACACGGAGCCCAUAAAGAUCGUCCUGAUGCCAGGCUGCAGCUCUGUGUCCACACUGGUGGCCGAAGCCGCGCGCAUGUGGAACCUCAUAGUGUUGUCCUACGGAUCCAGUUCACCAGCACUCUCCAACCGUCAGCGUUUCCCCACCUUCUUCCGCACGCAUCCCUCAGCCACAUUGCACAACCCCACCCGUGUACAACUCUUCCAGAAGUGGAAGUGGACCAAAAUCGCCACCAUCCAGCAGACCACCGAAGUCUUCACCUCUACUCUGGAUGAUCUAGAGCAGAGGGUGAAGGAGGCAGGCAUUGAGAUCAGCGUGAGGCAAAGUUUCCUCACGGAUCCUGCUGUGGCCGUCAAGAACCUCAAGUACCGUAUGCCCUCUGUUUUGAUCCAGACCUCGCAGGAGUUCCUAGCACAGCUGAUGUCCAAGCUGGGUGGGAAGAAUCCAGAGGAAACCGGAGGGUUUCAGGAAGCUCCUCUGGCAUAUGAUGCAGUUUGGGCCCUGGCUCUGGCUCUCAAUAAGACAGUGGGGCCUUUGAAGGCAAAAGGACGGAGAUUGGAAGAUUUUAAUUACAAUAACAAGGACAUUACUGCGGAGAUCUACCGAGCCCUCAACACCAGCUCCUUCGAGGGAGUUUCGGGUCAUGUGGUGUUUGACGCCCAGGGUUCCAGAAUGGCAUGGACCCUCAUCGAACAACUGCAAGGAGGAAGCUACAAGAAGAUUGGAUACUUCGAUAUGACCAAAGGCAAUCUCUCUUGGUAUGGGAAUGACAGGUGGAUAGGCUCUGAUCCACCUGCUGACCAGACGGUGGUGAUUCAGAAGUUCAGAUAUCUGUCACAAAAACUCUUCGUCUCGGUGUCUGUUUUCGCUGGCUUGGGCAUUUUAAUGGGGAUCGUUUGCCUCACCUUUAACAUCUACAACAGCAACGUCAGGUACAUUCAAAACUCCCAGCCGUACCUGAAUAACAUGACGGCAGUGGGCUGUAUGAUGGCUCUGGCUGCAGUUUUUCCUCUGGGAAUUGACGGACUGCAUGUACGCAACUCUCAGUUUCCUGUGGUCUGUCAGUUCCGCUUGUGGCUGCUUGGACUUGGCUUCAGUUUGGCUUAUGGAAGUAUGUUCACAAAGAUCUGGUGGGUUCACACGGUGUUCACAAAGAAGUAUGAGAAGAAAGACAAGAGAAAGCACCUGGAGCCCUGGAAGCUCUAUGCCACUGUGGGAGUCCUGCUGGUUAUCGACAUCCUGUCCCUUAUGAUUUGGCAGAUCGUGGAUCCCCUGCACAUCACAGUGGAGAAGUUCACUAAAGAAGCACCUAAAGGGGAUGUGGAUGAGCUGAUCGAGCCUCUGCUGCAGCACUGCAGUUCAGAGAAGAUGAACACAUGGCUUGGUGUCGUUUAUGGCUAUAAGGGUUUGCUGCUCCUUCUGGGUAUUUUUCUGGCUUAUGAAACCAAAUCUGUGUCCACUGAAAAAAUAAACGAUCAUCGAGCUGUUGGGAUGGCCAUCUACAACGUCUCUGUGUUGUGUAUGAUAACGGCUCCCGUCACCAUGAUUCUGUCGUCUAAGCAGGACGCCUCGUUCGCCUUCGCCUCGCUGGCCAUCAUCUUCUCCGUCUACAUCACUCUGGUUGUCCUCUUCGUCCCUAAGAUGCGGAGACCAGGAUACCCCCUCGCUGUCUCCGACAACCACUCCCUCCCUCCCACCCUCUACCAGCCCGACGGCAAGAUCAACCGCAACAGCUGCCACCCCGGCCGACUGCAGCUCCUCUACAAGUGA